AGAAGAGAGUCGUAGAUCGCUGGUUUUACAUCAACGAUGACGAUAUUCUCUUCCUGUCCCCUACCUCUUUAUCCAUGUUCCUUUUAUUCGAAAAAAUUCUUGCUGAUUUUCUUAUAAAGAAAAAGAAGGAAGAAAACAAAAAAGAAUGAAAUUAAUAGUUAGUACUCGUUGUCGUUGGUGGUCCUUUUAUUUUUUUGAUUUCCUUUUUUAAAUUUCACGAGAAUAUUCGUCAAUAUAUUGAUUAUUAAUUUUCUUCCUCGUCAUACUUUUCUCUCCCCUUCUCUCUCUCUCUCUCUCUCUCUCUCUCUCUCUCUCUUUCUUUUUUCUUUUUGCAAUUAUCUUUGUUCUUCCUAUUUCUCGUUAAUUUAUCUUGAACGUUCAACGAUAAUUGAUUUAAAGAAUCUACAGGAGGAAAGUUGGAGAGAGCAGAGAGAGAAGUGAGAUAGAGGGUGUAAUAAGAUAGAAAAAGGAGGAUAUUAGAAUAUAAGAAAGAGUGCGGAAAAAAUCGGGUGUUAUGGGUCUAACCGAUACGAGUUUCGAGUUACUUCUGACUCUUUGGCGAGUCUCCAUUGUGGGAGUCCUCUGGAGCAACAUAUCUGUGUGAAUUCUCAGCGUCAUGUCGUCGAGGGUGGUGAAGAGCUCGAAGCUCGACGAAAAUGUCGAACGUAGGGAGACCUGGUCUGGAAAAGUCGACUUUCUUUUAUCGGUCAUCGGCUUCGCAGUCGAUCUUGCAAACGUUUGGAGAUUUCCUUAUCUCUGUUACAAAAAUGGUGGUGGUGCAUUUCUGGUCCCUUACUGCAUCAUGUUGAUCGUUGGUGGUAUACCAUUGUUUUACAUGGAACUUGCCUUGGGUCAAUUCAACAGAAAGGGUGCGAUAACUUGUUGGGGUCGAUUGGUACCACUACUCAAAGGAAUCGGUUACGCCGUUGUCCUAAUCGCUUUCUACGUUGACUUCUAUUACAACGUGAUAAUCGCUUGGGCACUUCGUUAUUUCUUCGCCUCCUUCUCCGGAAUGUUACCUUGGACGACUUGCAACAAUCCAUGGAACACGCCACUAUGUCGUGAGUUCGAUGUUAACGUCUCUUAUGCCAUUGGCGAGCCACCAUCCAACGAAGUUGAUUUUGAUCCGGCUUACAACAUUACCGGAGUAUUUGCGGUCGAUGAUCCGUUCGAUGUUCUUGCACUCAGCUCGACGAAAAACAAUAGCAAACACACCAGUGCAGCUCAGGAGUAUUUCAAUCGCGCCAUUUUGGAACUCCACGAAAGUGCUGGAAUACACGAUCUUGGGACCAUCAAAUGGGACAUCGCAUUAUGUCUAUUGGUGGUCUACCUAAUAUGUUAUUUCUCACUUUGGAAAGGUAUUUCUACGUCGGGAAAGGUGGUCUGGUUCACAGCUCUUUUCCCAUAUGCAGUACUACUGAUUUUAUUGAUUCGAGGCGUUACAUUGCCUGGCAGUGCCGAAGGGAUUCGUUAUUAUCUCAAUCCAAAUUUUUCUGCGAUAACCAAAGCUGAGGUUUGGGUGGACGCAGCUACUCAAGUGUUCUUCUCGUUGGGACCAGGAUUUGGCGUAUUGUUAGCAUACGCGAGUUAUAACAAGUAUCACAACAAUGUUUACAAGGACGCCUUAUUAACGAGUGUGAUCAACAGUGCAACCUCGUUUAUAGCAGGAUUUGUGAUUUUUUCGGUAUUAGGAUACAUGGCACGUGCCAGUGGUAAAUCUAUUCAAGAUGUUGCUACCGAAGGACCUGGAUUGGUAUUUAUCGUCUAUCCAGCAGCUAUUGCAACGAUGCCAGGUUCAAUGUUUUGGGCAUUGAUAUUUUUCAUGAUGUUACUUACACUAGGUCUGGAUAGUUCGUUUGGUGGAUCAGAAGCAAUAAUAACUGCAUUGAGCGAUGAGUUCCCUAUUAUAGGCAACCAUCGUGAGAUUUUCGUUGCUUGUCUCUUCACUCUCUAUUUCCUUGUCGGACUUGCCUCUUGCUCGCAGGGUGGCUUCUAUUUUUUCCAUUUACUCGAUCGAUACGCAGCAGGUUAUUCGAUGUUGUUCGCAGUACUCGCGGAAGCGAUCGCUAUCAGUUGGAUCUAUGGAGCAGAUCGUUUUUGUGCUGAUAUCAAAGACAUGAUAGGAUUUUCGCCAGGUCUAUAUUGGCGAGUAUGUUGGAAAUUUGUAGCACCGAUUUUUAUCAUGUUCAUCAUUGUCUAUGGUUUAAUGGGCUACGAGCCAUUAACCUACGAGGAUUACGUAUAUCCAUUAUGGGCAAAUGUAAUGGGUUGGUUAAUUGCUAGUUCCUCGAUUAUCAUGAUACCCGGUGUCGCUAUUUACAAGAUUAUUGUUACUCCAGGCACAUUUGUACAGAGAAUAAAAAUUUUGACGACACCGUGGAGGGACACGCAACAGAGGAACGCUGAUCUAUCGUCGGUGGCAAAUGGUGCCGUUCGUCGAAGUUUCGUAGGCGAUCAAGAUUAUGCCAAUGUUAGCAAAGACAACGAAGAACUGACAAAA